CACACGCCGAGCGAGACCAAAACAAUUAAAUCGAAUUUUUAAAACGAAACAAAAAUUUUAUUCAAAUUUUGUAUUGUGUUGCUGUUGAAUAAAUUUAUUUGUUGAAGUGUUCGAAAUAUUGUGGUUAUUGUUGUUUUUUUUGUGUGCAUUGUUGAAAAUUUGAAUUUGAUAAUAAAUUGAUUGUCAUUCGAUUGCAUUGAAAAUUCAAAAAAAUAGAAAUCUUAAAUUUAUUGGUGGCUUAUACAUAUGUGUAUUCAAUAGUGGAAAUAUAUCCAAAAAUUAUGGAGGCUAAGAAAGUCCAAAGGAUAAGCAUAGAUCACCAGAUGAACGAAUCAUGGCAUAUACCUCGCGCCUCUUUGGCUGGAUCGAGCGGCAAUCACACUUCGUCUUCUUCUUCUUCAAACAGUAGCAAUAAGUCUCAUUCAAAUCCAUCGACAGUUUCAAGAAACUUUAAAAUUGCAAAUGAUUCAUCAUCACACCACAAUAACUACAAUAACAACAACAACAAAAAACUAUCAAACAUUGAUCGUCAACGAAGAGCAGAUAGCAGGUUAACAACAGCAGCUACAGCAUUAACUAUGCAACAUGGCCCACAUCGUUUGGACGGACGUUGGAGACAAUCGAAUCACAAUAACAACAAUGUUAAAGUUAAUAAUACUCAACAUCAACAACAACAACCAAAAAGAGGAUCACAUUCGUCACAAGGAUCUAGUGAUAGCAACAAUAGCAGUUCUCAGAGCAUUUCGUCAGGAUCUUUACUUUUAACAGCAGCUAAUCUAGAACGUUUUGCUGAGAUUCAUAAAAAACAAAACAAUCACAACAACAACAAUAAUAGACAACAAUUUUUAAAUUCAAAUUAUAAUACGAAUUUAAUGCUCGCCACAAUGCCAUCGAAUCUAACAAAAGAUGCUGUCAUUUCAAUUGAACAACAACAACAACAAAAUUUAGAUUUUGUAAAAACCAAAGAUAUGGAUACAGUUUCAAUGGCCAGUUCAACGCAUUUUACAAUGGUCAAUGGUGAAGGCGGACCAUCUAGAAAGACAUCAGGAGGAGGUAUUUGCAGUAGAGGCAAACAAGUCACUGUUUUAAUAACAACAAUGAGUUUGUUAUUCCUUUUUGUUAUAAUUGGCAUGGUUUAUGCUCUUGAAUUACGAGCACGAGAAAUGCCAAAAAGCUAGCAAAUUUGAUUUGUCUUUCUUUAAUGUUUUAUUUUUAAUUUUACUUAGAAAUUUAAAUGAACAUUGAACACACACACAAAAUCACACAAUACAUGAAAGUAUUUUUAUUUGUUUUUAAUUUUAUUAUUAUUAUGAGUAGGUAUGACUUAUUGAUUGAUUCGUUAUCAUACACACAUAAAAACAUAAGGUCCUAAUCUGCUAAAAAUUCAAAUCACGUUUUAAAAUUCGUCUCAAACGUUAUUUUUUUUUCAUAAUGAACACUCCUCGAACAUUCAACUCAAAAAGACCGGAUUCUGGUUGAAAUGUCUUUUCGACGGGUGUGUCACUUAUUCUAAUUUCAAACAAUAGUUUUUUUGCCUGGAGGCAGAAUAAGCUAUCGCAACUAACAAAUUAUAGCAGAAUAAGAGAUUUGUAUGUUAAUAAUAUGGCCCACAAAAUUAAACAAAAAAGUUAGUUAAUUGUAAAUUAUUAUUUUUUUUUUUUUGCUGUAAUUAUAAUUUAUUCUAAUUUUAUUUCAAUUAAAUUGAAAUUUUUAAAAAUUAAGUCUCAUUUAAUUUAUCAUUUAGCAUUUUGAAAACAGUUGUUGUAUCAUAGUCAAAAAGUACAGGGUGAUAAAUUUUAAUGUGAUUGUAAAAUCUUUUUUAACAAAAAAAUAAAAAUACCAAUCAGUCAAUACUUUUUGAAUAAUCCUACUUCAAUAUCAAUAAUUUUGAUUUGAGACAUUUGUAUGCAAUUCAAUAAAAUUU